AUGUCUCGCAGGUGGAUCUUGACUGGCCAAAGCGGCUUUGAGACAAGCCUCAAGUACGAGGAAAAUGUGCCGCGGUACGAUAAUUUGGCACCUAACGAGGUUCUAGUGGAGCUCCACGGUGCCAGCUUGAACUAUCGCGAACUCGCGAUCGCGGAUACGGAGGGCACAGCAGCAACUGCCGGCGUUAUUCGACAACACGUCGUGCCUGGUUCUGAUGGUGCCGGCAUUGUCAAGGCGAUUGGUAGUUCCAUAACGGCUUUCAAGACCGGCGACCAUGUCGUCACUCACCUAGCACCUAAACAUGCCGAGCGUUGUGGUGAUGAUGAGUUGCCGAUCUAUCAGGACAUUGUAGAGGGUCUGGGUCAGACUGUCGACGGAACCCUACAGUCGGAAGGCAUAUUCAUAGAAAGCGGGCUCGUUCCGGUCCCUAAAUCUCUUGGCUGGACGGAAGCUGCAACUUUGACUUGCAGCGGUCUUACAGCGUGGAACGCACUCUUCGGCCUCAAAGGCAGAGAACCCCGUUCCGGUGCGUGGGUCCUUGUCCAAGGAACCGGCGGCGUGAGCAUUGCCGCGCUCCAGCUGGCAGUAGCUGCUGGGGCCACCGUUGUCGCGACGACUUCGUCCGUUGAAAAGGAGGAGAGGCUGAAGGCACUCGGCGCGAGCCACACGAUCAGCUAUCGAGAGAAUCCCGACGACUGGGGUGUCAAGACGAGGAAGUUCACUCCAAAUCAAGCUGGGUUCGACAUUGUUGUCGACGUUGCCGGCAACGAUUCACUAUCUCAAUCGAUCAGCGCGGUGAAGACAAACGGUAUGGUUGUCUCUGCAGGCUUAGUCGGAGGCAAGGCCGAGGUUGUACCCAUGCUGAGUGCUCUCAUGCGUCCAUGCAUUGUAAGGGGUGUGAUCUUGGGAAGUCGGGCACAAUUCCGAGAUAUGGUUCGUUUUAUCGAAGAGAAGAAUGUCAAACCCGUCGUCGACGGCGAGGUUUUUGAGCUCGCAGAGGCAAAGGCCGCUUAUGCGCGACUGAAGGAGAAGAAGCACUUCUCGAAGGUUGUUAUCAAAGUUGACCACUGA